CUGUUGAUAUUACUUUUAUACUUUUAUACGAAAAUAUAACUUCUUUGAUAUAAUUGUUGUUAGUUAUCGUGUCUAAAGUACACUUAGUCUUUCAUGGUAGCAUAAGCGUAUGGUUUUGAUUCGUUUUGAUUAAAUAUUCGAUUAUUAGUUCGGUAGUGAUAGUACAUUCGUGACAAAGUCAUUCAUGCAUGAUGGAGAAUUUAUUAAGUUCAAUGAUGGAGCGUUUUAAAGCUGAGUUGGAAGGUGUUAUUCGUUCGGUAAACAUGAGCAGAGGUCCGGUGAGCAGUCCUGUAAUUAAUCCGGCUUCGAAUUCGUUUUCGUUUGUGGGCAAUGUGCCAAACUACCUGUUGUUGCCGCCACUACCUCUGCCUCCUGCUACAACAGCAGCAAUGCAGACAAUGCCGCAGCUUACGGUAACAACAUCAAUGAAUAAACCUAACCGCUUUGUAACAGCUCAUAAAGUGAUAAAUAUACAUGCCAGUGAUAACAAUGUGGUUUCUGGUGGUACCACAUCCGCAUCCAGGAUAGCCAAUCUAGGCAAUCUGGGAAACGCUAAUUUCACCUCUGGCACUAUACCUACCUCCAGCAGAGCCUACCUAGGCAAUCUGGGAAAUGCUAAUUUCACUACAACUCCAAUUGUGUCCUGUCGUGCCUCCGCAGUAACGAUGCCUACAUCAGUGGGAAAUGUUGGAUUCACUCCACAGUCGUUCAAUGCGUAUUUUCCAAACAUCGAGUACAAAUUAACAGAAAAUUCUAGUUACAAGAACUGGAAAAAUAUGUUAUUUGACGAUUUGAGAGUUCGAAAAUUAAUUGACAUCGUUGACCCGUCCGCGCCGAAACCUGUCACUAAUGUCGAUAUUUCAACUAGGAAGGCUUCAACUAGGCUGAUCAUCUUAGGCCAUUUAGAUGCUCAACACCAACGUUUGGUUGAGAAUAUACGUGAGCCGGAGGAGAUCAUCCAGCGGUUAGAUGGAGAAAAGCAACCGAUCUCCGAAAACUUGCGCGAAGCUUUAUUCCAGAAGAUCACCGAUUUGAAGUUCGAUCCUUUCUUGAAAGAGCCUUCAAAGUUUGUCCGGUUACUCGAGGACAUGUUUGAAAGGAGUAAGGAUGCCGGAAUGGUUUGGUCAGACCAUUUCAAGAAGAGUAUGUUGAUAUACAAGACUCGAGAUUUAGGUGAGGACAUUUCAAUGCUGAAUCGAACUCGACGUACCGACUACAAAAUUGUGAAGAAGUGGUUACUAGAUGAGGAGGCUACACAGAAGGAGCUGAACGCGGUAUCGUCAACAGCCGCUGUGUCUGGUGUUCACUUUGCAAACCAGAACUCUGAUGAGAAGUCGAAUCGUUCUUUGAAUAAUAGAAGCCAGCAUCGAAGGUCAAAUGGGAGGAAUGGCAAUCCUCGAAACUACAACAGUCAGAAUGGUAAUUCUGGUGGUAAUUCUCGAAAUUACAACGGCGGAGGUUCCAAUUCCAAUUCCAAUUCCAAUUCUAAUUCCAACCAUGGUGGAAACUAUCGUAUCAAUCCAAAUGGUGGAAAUCGUACUAAUCGUCGUGAUGACUACAAUGGUGGUAGUCAAGAAAAUGGUAGUAAUUCAUUCGAAGGAACUCAUUAUGGUCGAUGCAGAAAAUGCAACAUGCGAGGGCAUUCGUCAAAAGACUGCAGAUCAAAUGGGUCAUUCUGUUACAAUUGUAAAAAGGUAACUAAUCAUUUUGCUAAAAAUUGUCCAGAACGAGAAGGUGGAAAGCAGUCGCCAAAGGUCAAGGGUGAGAAGAAGCCAUCCAAUCUUAUGGUUCGUGGUGAUGACAAUUCCGAGUUCAACUCCAAGUUUUACUAUCCGAUUGAUUGUUUCAACUCAUCGGGUCAUUAUUGAUUCGAUGAAUAUUGUACGUUGCGUUAUGAACGCGUUAAUUCAUUACUUUUGAAGUUACGACUCAAGUUACUAUGAUCUGCGCUAAAGAUUAAAGGGGUGUGUUGGCUGGAGUAAUCUUCGCUUAGAUCAAUUGUCGCCUCUACGUAGAUGCUAGACGUUCCUACCAGGCAGCCGACAGUCACCUUGGUGCUCUCUAUAGUGUAGAUAUACCUCGUUGCUUUUAUUACGUACUUCGGAAGUACAUGUUGAACUGUUGAUAUUACUUUUAUACGAAAAUAUAACUUCU